GGAGGGAAUGGUCAAUCUAAACAACGUCGUUUUCCUUUCACCAUUAAACUGCGCCACAACCUGCUUAAAUUUGCUUCCCCGCUCUGUCCCGCUAUCUUUCUCCGUCACUCUCCGUCUCCUCUCCCUCUCUCUCUCUCCGAAUCUGCGGAACUUCUGUUCGAUCUUAGACGCCAAGCAGCUUUCCUCGCCGUCAAUUUGAUCAUUGGGCCCCGUGGGCCGCCGCCUGUCGCCGUUGUCAACUCCUGCCGCUCAGAUAUGAGGGGGCACCUGCAAAACUCUUUGCAACUAGAGUAUCCCAGUGACAAUGAGGAUGAGAAAUUUGUUUCUGGGCUUAGUACUAUACUGGUUGCCACAAUUCAGGAAGCAAAAGAUAAAAUUUCUCAAAUAGAAUAUAUUUUCUGCAGCCAACUAUUUCCUAAUUUUCAAUCCAAAUCAAAGAGCCUUCAGAAAAUUUAUUCAGAGGCCAAGAAAGAUGCAGAAGAUGCCUGGAAAAAGAAGGAAACUGAUCUCUUACUGCAGUUAGAGAAACUUAAGCUUGAAAAGCAGCAAGCUUUUGAAGAAAAUAAUGCUCUCCAUCUGGAGAUGGCAAAUAUGUCAAAGGAGCAGGAAGAAACUAUGAAGUUGCAUUUUGGAAAAAUAAAAAAUCUAGAGAAGAGAGUUGGUGAGCUAGAAGUGGAGCUCCUUCAGAAGUCUAGGGAAGUUGAUGAGGGAAUGGCAUUUCAGGGAAAACUAGUCCAACUGGUUCAAGCAAAAGUCACCGCAAUAGCUAAUAAAGAAAAACAACUGAAAGAACUUCAAGACAACACAAACAUGCAUGUUGUCAAACUAAAAUAUUUAGAGAAGAAAGUUGAUGAGCUCCAAGAGGAGCUUCGGGAGAAAACUGAUAAAAUAAGCAAGGGAAAGGAGUUGCAGACAAAUUUACUCAAAAAAGUUGAAUCACAGGAUCUAAAGAUGGUGGAAAAUGAACUCCUGUUGAGUGAUUGCAAAGAAGAAAAGGAAAAACUCAGUGUUGUUGUAGAACAUCUAAAGGGCAAUGUUGAUAGACUCCAAGAGGAGCUGAGGAAGAAAACUGAAGAAGUAGAGGUGGGGAAAAAAAUGCAUGAAGAAUUGCGUCAGCAGAUUAAUUUGAAUGGCUUAAAAGUGGUUAAGAAUGAACAGCAGUUAGAAGAGCAUGACAGUGAGAAAAAACUGCUUCAGGCUAAAUUGAAAGGUUUAGAAGAGAAAAUUGAUAAGCUUCAAGUGGAUAUCAGACGGAGGAGCAAGGAAAUGGCUGAAGGAAAAGAAUCGUAUGAAAAAUUGCUCAGACAGGCUGAAUUGAAAGAUUCUGAAUUGCUGUCUGUGAAGAAAAGAAUGAAGGAUUUCAUUGGUGCUUAUAAAAGUCUUAAAUCUCAGUACAACUACAUCUGCAAAAAGCAUGGCCAUAUCACGGAGAAUAUGCCGGGCCCAACUACAGCAGAAGCGGAAAGUGAUUCAUCGAAGCAUUUUCUGAAGCCAAGUACUUCAACGGACUCCGAAAAAAAAAUUCUGGAUGCUUCUGCAGUUGCGUCUGACACAAACAAGCUGAAGAAUGGAAUCAUUUUACCAGAAAAUCUGGAGGAUGAAAAAGGAAUCAGAUUAAGUAAAACCUCAUGUUCCCAUGCCUCUUCUGGUUCCCUUUCAUCAUCAAAAUGGUCCGAAAAAAAAUCUGGCCCGCUAGCUGGCACCAAGCGAUCCACAUCUUACUGGAGGGAUACCAGGUCUCGGAAAUGCCAAGGUGGAGCUGACCCGCACGAUGAUUUUCUUGAUACUCCUCUUGAGAAUAUCAGAGAAAACUUUAACAAAGCCAUAAAGGAUCAUGAUCUUCCUGGUCCUGUACCAGAAGGCGCUAAUUUUGACAGCUCUGAUGAUGAGACACAGGACAUGAAUGUAGAUGACAACAUGCAGAAGCAGCAAAUUCCAGUGCCAGGACCAGGCACGAGGGGUUUUAAAUAUGUCGAACCGGUAAGAAAGAAAGCUGAGCGGGAAAAUUUGAAAGGAGUUGAAUGCAAGCAGUGCAAAAAAUUCUAUGAUGCUGUUCUUCCAGAUGGAGGCAAGGAUGCUGAUGGUAAUAAGCAUAAUGCCCGCUGUGAGCAUCAUGAUGGUGUUUCUAGGCAUCGAUACAAGUAUGUUCCUCCUAUGACUCCGGAAGGAUUCUGGAAUAUUGGGUUUGAUUCUGAAUUGUGAGUUUCUUGAGCUGCACGCUGAUCUUAUUUGCAGCACACUUAACUUUGAUAUUUAAUUAUAUUUUGCCUGCUUCAUGGUCUUAAGUGAACGUAAGUGGGUAAAAAUUGAUGACAAGGUGGAGUGCAAGCAAUCUUUGAUCAUCAAGGAUAAUUCAUCAAUUCUUCAAACAUUUUCAAAGUUCCUUUCCUCAAACUUUUACAAGACCUAUCAUGAUUGAAAAGUUAACAUUUUGUAAUUCUGCAUUCUUUACUCAAUAUUUAACAAGGAUGUCCAUUUGUAGCAAUGAUUUCAUCUUUGAAUGGUUGAAUUGUGUGAUAGUUCUCAUC